AUGCAACAGAUGCAGCAGCAGAAUCAGAUGAUGAUGCAGAUGAUGCAGGGUAUGCAGGGACAACAACCUCCUGCUCCAGUUCCUGUUCCACAAGCUCCAGCAGGGCCAGAUUUUUGUGCUUUCUUCAGAAUGGAUCCUCCAGAGUUUGCAGGUGGCUUAGACCCGGUGGUAGCUCUUGAUUGGUUGGCUAGUAUGGAGAGGAUAUUCCAGGCAAUCCAGUGUAAUGAAGAAGAGAAAGUAAUCUUUGCUACGCAGAAGAUGAAGGGACCGACUCUUAGGUGGUGGAAUACCGCAUCUACCUAUUUCACUACUCAGGAGAUCCCUAAGGAUUGGCAUCAUUUUAAGGCGGCAUUUCUGGAGAAGUAUUUUCCUAACAGUGUUCGGACCCAGAGAGAAAGAGAAUUCCAAAACUUUAAGCAAGGCAACUUGUCUGUUUCUGAGUAUGCUGAGAAGUUUGAAGACAUGGCUGAUUACUCGCGGCAGGCUGUCUAUGCCCCUGAUGAGUUAUGGAAGAUUGAUCAAUUCUUGAUGGGUUUGAGGGCUGAUAUUGCUCAUAGUGUAUCCCAGAGGGAGUUCAUUACUUAUGCUGAAUGUUUGAGACAAUGCUAUGUUGCGGAGAAUAGUUUGAAGAGGGUUCAAGAGGAGAGGAACCAGGACAGAACUAAUUUCAGAGAGCAAGGAAGAUCGGGCCAGCACCUAAAGCCCCGUAACUCUCCAUCAAAGAAGAAACAAUGCUAUGGUGACCAAUCCAAUCGACACCCUUAUUGUGACAAAUGUAAAAGAAGACACCCUGGGGAUUGCAAGCCCACUUCAGUGACUUGUUAUGAGUGUGGCGAGCAAGGUCACAUAUCUAUGUAUUGUCCCAAGAAGAAAACUCAGGAGAAGACCACAGGUCGCGUCUAUACCUUGGAUGCAAGAAAGGCCAAAGGAAACAACAACCUCAUUGCGGGUACGUGUUAUGUAAACAACCAACCUUUAUGUGUUUUAGUUGAUUGCGGAGCUACGCAUUCUUUUAUCUCUACCGAGUGUGUUUACCGACUUGGUUUGGAAGUUACUCCCUUACCCGACCCUAUGGUCAUUUCUUCAGCCACGGACGAUACAGUGGAAGCUCGACUGAUUUGUAAAGAUUGUGCAGUGUCUUUUAAUGGUCGUGACUUCCCGAUCGAUCUAAUUUGUUUACCCCUCAAGAGACUUGAUGUCAUUCUCGGAAUGGAUUGGUUGUCUCCUAACUCGGUGUAUAUUGGUUUCAAGGAGAAGGCAAUAUUCAUUCCUGCAAAAGAAAUCAAUUCCGAUGAUGCAAUUGCCAAGUUGAUAGAAGGUACGAUCAGCGCGGUUAACCAUCUCUUUUCCCAAGAAAGAUCUUUUCUUUUAGUUCUUUCCAAGGAACCAUCUGUAAGAAUGGCAUUGUCAGAGAUUCCAGUGUUUGUGGUGAUCUUCAUCGAUGAUAUCUUGGUAUAUUCUCGUUCUCCCGAAGAACAUGAGGAGCAUUUGCGGAUUGUGUUGUCUACUCUUCGAGAGAAACGAUUGUACGCAAAGUUCAGUAAGUGUGAAUUUUGGAUAUCCGAAGUAAGUUUCCUUGGUCACGUCAUCUCUGGGGGAGGCGUGGCAGUGGACCCUUCUAAAGUAGAAGCGGUGGUGAAUUGGGAUCGACCGAAGAGUGUGACAGAAGUCAGAAGCUUCCUAGGGUUGGCAGGCUAUUAUCGGAGAUUUAUUAUGGGAUUUGCUAAGUUAGCACUACCAUUGACAAAGCUCACUCGAAAGGAAGUUGCCUUUGAAUGGGAUUCCGAAUGCGAACAGAGUUUUCAGAAGCUUAAGCGGAAGUUGACUACUGUACCCGUGUUAGUAAUUCCAGACCCAAACCAAUCAUAUGAAGUAUUCUGUGAUGCUUCUAAGAAGGGCUUGGGUGGGGUAUUGAUGCAAGACGGUCAAGUUGUGGCUUAUGCAUCUCGACAAUUGAGACCUCAUGAAGAGAACUAUCCUACCCAUGAUCUGGAACUUGCUGCAAUAGUCUUUGCACUCAAGGCUAAUAAAGUAGCAGAUGCCUUAAGUAGGAAGGAAUUUCGGAUUGCAGAGUUGAUGAUGUUAGAGUAUGGAUUAUUAGAGAAGUUUCGAAAUCUCAACCUCCAGUUCGUUUGGACACCUAAUGGUAUACUAAUUAGUAACUUGAGUAUUCAGAACGAACUGCGAGAGAGGAUUCGGGUGACUCAAGGAUGUGACGAGCAAUUGCAAGCAAGUGAGAACUUACCCGAUUUCACUAGAGCACCUGACGGAAUCCUUUUGUUUAAGAGAAGGAUGUGUAUACCUAAUGAUUUAGAACUGAAGCGUUUGAUUCUCGAUGAAGCCCACAAGAGAAUGAAGAAGGAGAUUGCAGAAUAUGUGGCACAGUGUCCUAUCUGCCAACAGGUUAAGAUUGAACAUCAGCGACCAGGCGGAAUGUUGCAGCCGUUGGAGAUACCUGUGUGGAAGUGGGAUUCUAUCUCCAUGGACUUUAUUGUGGGAUUACCUCGUGCUCGAGGCGGAUAUGAUUCUAUAUAG